AGCAGCCAAAGAGAACUUGUGCAGAAUACAGAAAGGAUGCUCUGGCUCCAUUGUACUAAGAACUUCACUGCAGCGCUGGUGCCUUCCAACCAAUAUCUGUGCUCCCUGCCAUGCUCAAACUCACUGGGGUUGAACUGAGUGUAAUUCUCUCUCUUACCUUAAGGAUGUGUAGCUGACUUCAAGCCUCAGUUUCCAAAAACCUAUGAGGAAUACAGAGACUGGGCAUGCUGUCUUACAGUUCUGCUGCAGAGAAAACAGAAAUACCUCUACAGCGCAAGCAAGAGCACGCAUGGAUUUGCCUUUCACUGAAUAGAACCAGCUGUCAGUUUGACAAUCUCUUUUGAAGUUUAACAUGGAGAAAUGGACUGCUGAAUUAUGUUCCAUUUUCUGCGAUGUUAACAAAUAGCUGGGCAGAAUCGUGACACAGACAGACAGAUUGUUCUGCUGCAUUGCUUGCACAGGGAUUCUCUGGGGUGACUUUAUGGGAUAUGUGUCUAAGGCUUCACUAUCAGGAAGAAAAAUGCAGCAUCUCCUACUUAUUCUCCAGCUGGAGUGGCUGGGUCUUUUGGCAGCUUUGUGCAAAUCAAACUGCAGCAGGGAGAAUGUUCUUGGAGGAGAAGGCGAGGGAUCAGCCCAAAAGACAGUGCUGAAAGCUACGAGAUGCCAAACUUUGCAACAAGCCAAAUAGCAAUCACGUAUUCCGUAGGCAACGGGGGGCAAAGCUGGAAAAGAUGGGGAUAUUUGCUUUACUGCUAUAUACCCUCCUGUAUGCAGGGGACCUGGGCCAGGGCGCAGAGAAAAGUUUCCCUGUUUUGAAUAUUGCAGUCAUUUUGGGAAGGACUCGCUAUAUCACGGAGAGGGACAUACGCUCUCUAUGGACAAGGGAUAUGUCCUUGGACUUUGAUGUCAACGUGGUGACCUUGCUUGUGAACCAAACUGACCCCAAGAGCAUCAUCACCCAUGUGUGUGACCUCAUGUCAGGCACCAAGAUUCAUGGGGUGGUGUUUGGAGAUGACACAGACCAAGAGGCAAUAGCUCAAAUUUUGGAUUUUGUUUCGUCUCAGACUUUCAUCCCAAUUCUAGGGAUUCAUGGGGGAUCCUCAAUGAUUAUGGCAGACAAGGAUGAAAUGUCCACUUUCUUCCAAUUUGGAGCUUCCAUCAAGCAGCAAGCCAUUGUCAUGCUGAAUAUUAUGGAAGAAUAUGAUUGGCAUGUAUUUUCCAUCAUAACAAGCACUUUUCCUGGAUAUCGAGAUUUUAUAAGUUUCAUUAAGACCACCGUGGACAAUAGUUUUGUUGGCUGGGAAGUGCAGAAUGUUAUUACUUUGGAUACAUCAUAUACAGAUGCAAGAACACUAACGCAGCUGAAGAAAAUUCAUUCUUCUGUUAUACUCCUUUAUUGUUCAAAGGAUGAAGCAAAUUACAUUUUUGUGGAGGCCCGUUCCCUUGGUCUUAUGGGAUAUGGUUUUGUCUGGAUUGUGCCUAGCCUAGUAACAGGAAACACAGAUAUAAUACCAUACGAGUUUCCAUCAGGUUUGGUUUCUGUGUCAUAUGAUGACUGGGAUUAUAACAUAGAAGCUAGAGUGAGGGAUGGCCUUGGAAUUAUAACCACAGCGGCAUCAGCAAUGUUGGAAAAACAUUCAGUGAUUCCAGAAGCAAAAACUAGUUGUUAUGCUCAAAAUGAAAGAAAUGAACCACCACUUCAUACUCUUCACAAAUUCAUGAUAAAUGUAACUUGGGAUGGCAAGGAUUUGUCCUUUACCGAAGAUGGAUAUCAAGCAAAUCCAAAACUAGUGGUUUUAUUGUUGAAUAUGGAUAGAGAGUGGGAGAAGGUGGGGAAAUGGGAGAACAAAAGUUUAAACAUGAAAUAUCCCGUGUGGCCCAGGAUUACAGCUUCCCUGGACAGUGAUCCUGAUGACAACCAUUUAAGCAUUGUCACUUUAGAAGAAGCUCCAUUUGUGAUUGUUGAAAAUGUUGACUACCUGACAGGAACAUGUGUGAGAAACACUGUGCCAUGUAGAAAGUAUUUUCGGUUAAACAACUCAACAACUGAAGGUACAUCAGUAAAAAAGUGCUGCAAAGGAUUCUGCAUAGAUAUUUUAAAGAAACUUUCAAAGACUGUGAAAUUCACAUAUGACCUUUACCUGGUUACAAAUGGGAAGCAUGGGAAAAAAAUCAAGAAUGUUUGGAAUGGAAUGAUUGGUGAAGUGGUUUAUAAACGAGCAGUUAUGGCCGUGGGUUCACUCACAAUCAAUGAAGAGCGUUCAGAAGCAGUUGAUUUUUCAGUGCCAUUUGUUGAAACUGGAAUUAGUGUUAUGGUAUCACGUAGCAAUGGCACCGUUUCUCCAUCAGCAUUUUUAGAACCGUUUAGUGCUUCUGUCUGGGUGAUGAUGUUUGUGAUGCUUCUCCUUGUGUCUGCAGUGGCUGUUUUCGUAUUUGAGUACUUUAGUCCAGUAGGAUAUAACAGGAACUUAGCUGACGGGAAAGCUCCGCAUGGACCUUCUUUCACAAUUGGAAAAGCAGUAUGGCUGCUGUGGGGUUUGGUCUUCAAUAAUUCAGUACCUGUGCAAAAUCCAAAGGGCACAACCAGCAAAAUCAUAGUGUCAAUUUGGGCUUUUUUUGCUGUGAUAUUUUUGGCAAGUUACACUGCUAACUUAGCUGCUUUCAUGAUUCAAGAAGAAUUUGUUGACCAGGUUACUGGACUUAGUGAUAAAAAGUUUCAAAGGCCACAUGAUUAUUCUCCUCCAUUUCGUUUUGGCACAGUUCCAAAUGGCAGCACUGAAAGAAAUAUUAGAAAUAAUUAUCCUGAUAUGCAUCAAUACAUGGUUAAAUUUCAUCAAAAAGGAGUACAAGAUGCCUUAGUCAGCCUAAAGACUGGAAAGCUGGAUGCAUUUAUCUAUGAUGCAGCAGUGCUGAACUACAUGGCUGGAAGGGAUGAAGGAUGCAAGUUGGUGACAAUUGGGAGUGGGUAUAUCUUUGCUACUACUGGCUAUGGUAUAGCUCUCCAGAAAGGUUCAAGAUGGAAACGCCCUAUUGAUUUAGCUCUUCUACAGUUUGUUGGAGAUGGUGAAAUGGAAGAAUUAGAAAAAUUGUGGUUAACUGGAAUCUGCCAUACUGAGAAAAAUGAAGUAAUGAGUAGCCAGCUAGAUAUUGACAACAUGGCUGGAGUAUUCUACAUGCUUGCGGCAGCUAUGGCUUUGAGCCUCAUAACCUUUGUAUGGGAACAUCUGUUUUACUGGAAACUACGAUAUUGUUUUACAGGAGUUUGUACUGGCACACCAGGGCUGCUUUUCUCAAUUAGCAGGGGCAUUUACAGUUGUAUUCAUGGAGUCCACAUAGAAGAAAAGAAAAAAUCUCCUGAUUUCAGUUUUACUGCCUCUCAGACAAAUAUGUUGAAACUACUGAGAGCAUCCAAAAAUAUAGCAAAUCUAUCCAAUUUAAAUCAAUCCCAGUGCAACUCACCCAAAAGAACAUCUGACUAUAUUCAAAGAAAUUCAUUAUUAAUGGACAUGGUUUUAGAUAAAGGCAAUUUAUCAUACUCAGACAACAGGCCAUUUCAACAAAAAGAUGUAUAUAGUGAAAAUACAUAUGAUCUUGCCAUGUUAUCUGGUAAUCACCCCAAAGACAACCUUAACAACUAUGUUUUUCAAGGUCAGCACCCACUUACUCUUAAUGAAUCUAAUCCAAACACAGUUGAGGUUGCUGUAAGUGCAGAACCAAAAUUAAACUCCAGACCUAGACAACUUUGGAAGAAAUCAGUAGAAACUUUACGACAAAACCAGGGUUCAGUAAAUGAAAAUGGUACAGAAGAAUCAAAGCCAUCUACUAAAAAUCAACGCUUUCUUCCAGAGGAUGGUCAUUUUUCAGAUGUUUCAGAGGCAUCAAGCAGAGCCACAUGUCAUAUAGAUUCUGAAAACAAUAAUAAACACCAUAAAAGUAAGGACAACUUAAAAAAACGGUCUGUGUCCUCUAAAUAUCCCCGAGAUUGCAGUGAAGUUGAACUGUCAUAUCUAAAACUCAAACAUGGCUCUAAUCGUGACAAAGUCUACACAAUUGAUGGAGAUAAGGAGCCAAGCUUUAUAAUGGACCAGCCUAAAUAUAGUGAAAAUUCUCCUGACCAAGAUGAUGAUUAUCCUGAUGUAUACCAAGAUCACAAUGAUAAUUAUAGGAAAGCAGAAGCUCUGCAGCCAGAUAGAACUCCUCUGCAUAGUGAAGGCAGACUUCCAAAUAACGACAUACAGUACAAAUUAUUUUCAAAGCACUACAGUUCAAAAGAAAAGAAUACAUCUAUGUCUGAAUCCAAUGACAGACAUAGGCAAAACUCUACUCACUGCAGAAGUUGCCUUUCUAAUAUGCCUAACUAUACUGGCCAUUACACUGCAAGAUCCCCAUACAAGUGUGAUGACUGUCUCCAUAUAGGGAAACUAUAUGAUAUUGAUGAAGAUCAAAUGCUGCACGAGGCAGCCAACUCUAUGCAUUCUGAAGAUUUUUAUGAGCACAACUGGCUUGAGAAUAAUGCUCUACACUUUCAGAAAAAAAAUAAGUUAAGAAUAAACAGGCAGCAUUCAUGUGACAACAUUAAUAAACCCAGGGAACAGGAUCUUGGAAGGCCACCACGUAGUGUAAGUUUGAAGGAGAAAGAAAGGUACAUACAAGAUAGUCCAUUUGCUAAAUUUCUUAUUGUUCCACCUGAAAAACUGUUGGGGAACAAUACUGCGCUUUUUACAGACUCUUUAAAGGAGAGUAAGAGAAGCAAGUCUCUUUAUCCUGAUAACUCUUCUGACAACCCUUUCCUGCAUUCUUAUCAGGAGACUCAAAAACUAAGUCAUGGAAGAAGUUCUUCAGACAUUUACAAACAGUCCUCUUUAACAAAAGCAAGAAAUGAUAACUAUUUAAGGUCAUCUAUUAAAUCUACUUCUUCAUAUUCUUCAAGGGAUGGACGGGUACCUAACGACAUGUGUGCUUCAGAAUAUGCUCUGCCUUAUGUUACAAGCAACAAUAGUGUGUAUUCAGCUCCACGGGUUGUAAAUUCCUGCAGCAAUAGACGUGUGUUUAAGAAAAUGCCUAGCAUUGAAUCUGAUGUUUAAAAUGUUUACUAUAUGUACCACAUUUUAUUCUAAAUGUUUCUCGUAGUUGCCAACAUUUUAGAGGCAAAAGUAGAAUUCUUAUACAAUGCUUUGGAACUGCUAUAUGUGGUUUUUGCCUACAUAAUAUGAUAGAUAAUACAUACUGUAAAUUACAACAUUUUUGUCAACUUAGCCACAAAACUAAGAACAAAUUAACUUUGUAAUGUGCAUCUCCUAAGUACUGCCUAAAUAAAUAUUGGCAACUAUGUUUUUAUGUAAUUUACCAUCCAUGCCACUUAUACAAUACAUAAGACAAAAAGGAGGAAAACCUUAUGUAAUUUUUCAUUUAAUGUUUUUAAUAGCAGAUAAGCAAUAUUGUAUGCAUGUAGUUUGACACAAGAAAAUAUUUUAUGUAAGAAUGCAUUUGCACAGUCACCUAGGGUUUAACGAACGUUUCACACAAAAAGUCUGACACAGUUACAGAAGUAUUUCAGAGACUAUUUCAGAGACCACAUCUGAUGAUAUUUAAAUAAAUCUUUAAAAAAAAUAACUUUUUUGAGGAUUCCUGAUAUAAGUCACAAUGUGAAUAUUAUUUUGAAAACCUGGUUCAUAUACGGUAUUUCUUGAUAAAUAGUAAUAUUUUAUAGUUUAUUCAUUGUACUACAUAUUCAAUAUAAAUAUGUAAAAACUGAUUAUCGAUUAACUUAUCAUGCACAUUAGCUGUUUUUCUGAAGUGGUAAACAGCCAGUUUUUGAAGGAGAAAGGGAAAGUUUGUGGCCUGUGCACUUAAUGUACUUUAGCUAUAGAAACAUAUUACUUCAUACCAUGGCAGGUUUCAAGUGCUUCCAUAUUUUAUUAUUAUUAGAAUUAUUUUUUGCAUAUCCAUUGUUUUUACUUGUUUCUUGCACCAAUAUAUAUAAAUAUAUAUAUAUAUUUAUCUACAUCAACAAUUGUAUAUAUAUUCUAGCCCCUUGCUAAUGAUUACUCUCAGGGCUGUAUAGUAAUUUCUUAUUUUUCAUUUUAUUUUAUUCAUAUUAGUUGUUCAUUGUACAGGACAAAGUGGAGCCAUCUGCUUUAUGAAAUGUAAAUAUAUGCGACAUUGCUAGAAUUUAACCAAAACACAAAUGGACACAUUUUUUGUGUAGUGUCUAUGGAAUGCAAAAUCAUGUAUUUGCAUGGUAAAUUUCUCUCAUUUUUAGUGUCUUCUUUUACGAAAGCAUAUAUCCUAUUUCAUUAAAAUGUAUCAUAGAGUUGUCUAAAGGAAUAGUUUGCAGUAUACUCAAUGAAUUAACUGGAUAGGCUCUGGCUGGUAAAUUUUAACUCCUUCUGCAAAACUAUUUUCUGUUACUCAAAAGUACAACAUAGGAUUUGGGCAUCAUAAAUCAUUGAAAUACAUUUCAUCAUUUGAAUCCAAGAGAUGAUUUGCUAUUUACCAUGUUUGAUAAUAAACAGUUUAUG